UGCGCUGCUCGGCCACCCAGUCACCACCGCCGCUCGUCAUCUCACUCCGGAAAUCCGUUGCUCGGCCCAUCCAUCGGCCGCUCUGCCUGGGACUCGAGUUUUCGGUGAUGACCAAGAUGUUGCGGCUCCUGGGCAACCUGAUCCGGGGGAGCAAUAGCCCUGCCAGAGUUCUAGUGGGAUCUCGCAAUUAUGCUGAUUUCGCAUCUGAAGCAUCAUUUGACAUUAAGAAGUGCGACGUGCAUCGUCUUGAAGAAGCUCCUGACAGCACAACCGUCCUGACUAGAGAAGAUGGCCUUAAGUACUACCGAAGAAUGCAAUUGAUUCGUCGCUUGGAGCUCAAGGCAGAUCAGCUAUACAAACAGAAGAUCAUCCGCGGAUUCUGCCAUUUGUACGAUGGCCAAGAGGCUUGUUGCGUUGGAAUUGAGGAAGCAAUUAAGCCAACGGACCACCUUAUAACAGCUUAUCGGGCUCAUGGUUUCACCUACACACGUGGCAUUUCUGCCAAAGAAAUCUUGGCUGAGCUCACUGGUAGACGUGGAGGUUGUGCGAAAGGUAGAGGUGGAUCCAUGCAUAUGUAUGCUGACAAAUUCUAUGGAGGCAAUGGCAUUGUUGGUGCACAGGUUCCACUUGGAGCAGGGAUUGCAUUAGCUUGCAAAUACAUGGAGAAGAAUGAGAUCUGCGUGACAUUGUAUGGUGAUGGUGCAGCCAAUCAGGGUCAAAUUUUUGAAACCUACAACAUGGCUAUGCUUUGGAAACUGCCCUGCAUAUUUAUCUGUGAGAACAACAGAUAUGGUAUGGGUACAUCUGUGGAGAGAGCAGCAGCCAGCACUGACUAUUACAAGAGAGGUGACUACAUCCCUGGCCUGAGGGUCGAUGGGAUGGAUGUGUUGUGUGUCAGAGAAGCGACAAAGUUUGCAGCAGAUUACUGCAGGUCCGGAAAGGGCCCCAUCUUGAUGGAACUACAAACUUAUCGCUAUCAUGGUCACAGCAUGAGUGAUCCAGGAAUCAGUUACCGUACCAGAGAAGAAAUCCAAGAAGUGAGAAGUAAAAGUGACCCAAUUACCAUGUUGAAGGAUAGGAUGCUGAAGAAUAAUCUGUCCAGCAUAGAAGAACUGAAGGAAAUUGAUGCUGGCAUUAAGAAAGAGGUGGAGGAAGCAGCACAGUUUGCCACCACUGACCCUGAACCAGCAUUAGAAGAACUGGCUCACUAUAUUUACAGCAACGAAUCAGCAUUUGAAGUCCGUGGCACCAAUCCAUGGAUUAAAUACAGAUCUGUCUCAUAAGCCCUUGUAAUUGGUUAUACAACUGCCUGCAGCCAACAUGUACAUUGUCAUAGGGGAUCUGAAAAUUGGGUAUACAGUCCUAAUUUUCUUUUAUGUAAUCUGGUUUAAUGUUAUCUACUGUACAUAUGCAGUUUAUACAUGACAGAAAAUCAUCUAUCUCCCAUGAUUUAUUUAUGGUUUGUGUUACUUGGGUUGUUUUUAAUCAAGGGUACUCUUAAAGAAUUCAGAUUCUUGUUUUAGUUGCAGUAUCUGACAUCAAUAUAAUAAAAAUAGGCUGGAU